UGAAACUGACGUUUCAAUUUGAACCAGGGAUAAAAGCGAAAAGCCUGAAUUUCAAAUUUAUUCAUUUCUGAAUAAUAAUAUGUGCGUUCUAUUAUCGAAGGAGUACGACAAAUUUCGAUAUUUUCUCUGAAUAGGAGGACCCUAUAUUGAUGUAAUAAAAAUUUAUAUUUUAUUUAUAAAUAACCAUCAAAAUGGUUGACAUGGGAGCUGAGGUUGGUCAAAAAAUGAGGUCAGCGAUCAAAGCGAAAUUAACAGAACUGGACUGCUAUGUUGAUGAUGAGUUACCUGAUUAUAUUAUGGUGAUGGUUGCGAAUAAACGCACCAAAACACAGAUGAAUGAAGAUUUAUCCCUUUUUUUGAAAAAAAAGACUUCCACAUUUGUUGACUGGCUUCACAUAGUUUUGAAAAAGCUCAAAGAAGUUACUGUCACCAAUUUAGAUGUUUAUAAGAAAGGUGGAAAGAGAAAAUCUAAUGAACUACUUGAGGCCAAAAUAAAUUACAAGAAGAUAAAAAAAGAAACGUUGAAAUCUUCUGAUGAAACCAUUGUUAAAGAAGAACACAAAUUUGAUUUGGAUAAAUCUUUAACAGACGAUCUUCCUCUCAAUGUAAAUGUGAAAUCUAUAUCUGAAAAUAGAAAAAUAGUUCUUAUGACAGAUUCAUCACAGAAUAAUGAUACUAUACCUCCUACAUUAGAAGUUGAACAGCCAAGUUUGAAACAAUUAGAAGAUAUUGAAACUCAAAUAAAAAAUGUCAAAAGUAGGUUGGGUUUUAAAGUGGAUGAAGAUAUUGAAGAAUCUGAAUUGCGCAAGUUAGUUGAGGACAGUCGAAGAAAAUCAACAGUUGAUAAAGUUUUGAGAAACGAGAGGAAAAUUGUUCUUGAUACAUCAAAAACUGAAGAAGCAGCAUCACAAGUCAUUGGGGACAAAGAUGGUAGUGUUAAAGAAUCUAAUUUUAAUAAUGAUGACUCGAAUAUUAGGAAGGAGCAUUCAAAGAUCGUAUUUUCUAAAGAUGACUUCAGAUCAUCUUCUAGGUCGCCUUCUAGAAAAAAAUCUGUUCUAGACAGACUCGGAACGUACGGAGAUGGAUCAAGUAAAUCGGUAAUGAGUAGGCUUGGUAAUUUUCAGUGGAAUGAUGGGAAUAGGGAAACAGACAAAAGAUGUGAAGAUUUGAGGUAUAGAAAUACAAGAAAAUCAAAAGAUGUGAAAGAUCAACAUGUUAGAGAAAAAAACAGAAAAUCAGCUGUAGAAAGAAAUGGUGAAUCUCAGAGUAAGAGUGGAAAAGAUUUACGAAGUCAUUUAUCACGAGGAGGAUCGAGUCUUCCAUUCAAAAAGGACAUGAAGAAAAGGCUAGGCUUGUCCUCCAAAAUAACCAUUCCACAGAUAGACCCGCAACUGCUUGAUGAUACUUUUAAAAAAAGAGAAGUUGUGAGCGUAGUUAAAGUAAAGCCUAGGGUUUUGCCGCCGAAUGUGCAGCAAGCCAACAAAAACCUCUUAUUGAAGGCCGUAGCUGAUGCCCAGAAGAGUAUAGCACAAUCGAAACCUGUUGGGAAAAAUCUGAAGGUCAAUCCAGCCAAAUUGUCAGGCUCCUUCAAUUGUCAUGAACAAACUGCAGUAUCUCCGUGUAAUGUCAAGCAGCGGAAAGUAUCACAAGAGGGUAAAGAAAAACUGAAACAAUUUUUAUCUAGUCAAAGUGAAGAAUCUUCAGACCAAGAGUAUAUACCUAUUCCUAUAAAAAAGCCAACGGCCAAAGUAGAAUAUUUUCCGAGCUCCCUGGAAAAAACGGAGGAAAAUGAUGGAAAUACGGAGAAGAAACACAAAUUCAUUGUUACUUUAGAUGGUAUACAAAAAAGUGACAUGGUUGCUCGAUUAUCUGUUAAAGAUAGACUCAAUAGCAGAAAAACUCCAUCACCCAUAAUUUUUGAUGCUGGCAAAAGUGACACAAAGACUGAAAGAAAAAUACCUGACGAACUUCCAAUAGUUCCCAUGGCCUUUUCUAAAAAAAAAGAAAAGUGUAAAUAUUUUCCAUCGUGUAAACACGGAGAAAAAUGUGAAUUCUUACACCCAGUCAAGAUGUGUGAACAAUUUCCUUUCUGUAAAUUUGGCGACAAGUGUCUUUAUAUUCAUCCCAAUUGUAAAUUUGGAACGUCAUGCACUAAGAGAGAUUGCCCUUAUUCUCAUUCAAAUGGAUUUGGUGUGAAAAAUCCAGCUGCUGCAAUCACUAUCAAGCCACAGGUCAUGAAAGUUCAAAUUUGUAAAUUUUUUCCUCAAUGUAUGAAUAUGAAUUGUAUAUUUUAUCACCCUAAACCAUGUAAAUAUGGUAUUUAUUGUAAGAAUCAAUCAGUAUGUAACUACAUCCAUACAAAUUUUCCAAGUAAAAAUAGUCUUACUUGGAGAUCAAAAUAGAAAACAGAAUCAAUGUAAUAUUAAACAAAGUAUUGGAAUUGUACAGUAAGUGUAUAAAUAGAAGUAAUAAAUGAAGGAUUUUUUUCUUA